UUUUUUAAUUCUUCAAUGGAUGUUUAACCGGACGAGUUUUCUGAAUUUUUGCAAACAACAAAAAUUUCGUUUGUGUAUUGUAAUUUCUAUAGUGCCAUAAAUGCACAGAAGAAGUGCAAGAAAAGUAAUAAAUUGUAAUCGGCUCUUUUACGCGGAAGUGUGUGAAUAAUCAAGACUGAUAACGCGCAAAAUGUUAUCAUAAUGUGAGAAAUAAUGCCGUAAACCAUUGGCACUACAAUUAAUUAAUGAACACCUACAAACUAAACUAACCAAAAAAUAAGUAAAAAUGUUUGAAAUUAAUGAAAAUGGUUUCAUAAAUAAAAUUUAAAAACGACAAUUUAACAAGGAUCCACGAGCCUGAAAAAGCAAAAAGGCGAGAGAGAGCUUUCAAAAAAAGACGAAAAUGUAAGAAAGUCAGAUAUGAAUGAAUAAAGUGCUAACAAUACUAACAAUAAUUCUGUUACGAACACGGGACCUCAACAUACCGUACCAAAGGUUGUAAAGAUUUCUAAAUCUAAAAAACAGUAGAAAAGAAAAAUGUAUCAACCCGAAGCACAACAAAAAUUGUCAUCGAAGAGCAGUGAGAAAGUGCCAGUGGUGACACCAGAUUUGGAUGAUUCCAUUAGCUUUACUGAUGACGCCGAUGUGGAUGUUGACGUAGAGGUUGACGUCGACUCGGUACCUACGAAAAAGCCGCAUUUUUUAGAUUAUGAUGCCGUGCCCCCUCCAGAUUUCGUUGAACAUUUUAAAACCUCUCUAAAUCUUAGCAAUUGUACAAAAUCUCCAUUACAAGAGAGACCAACGAGCGUUAACAAGCAAUAUAAAAUUGAGAAGAAAUUUGAACGUGAUGGUGAGAUUAGUGAUUACGAACUGGCAGCCAAUGGUUAUACUAAGAAAGAAUUCACGCAAGAUGACAACACACUUCAACUCAAUCCCACAAAAGAGAAACCGCUCAAACAUUUUUUAGAUGAAAAUCCCAUACCUCCUGAUUAUAUGUUAACAGAUCAACAAGUGCGCGAGCAUCGUAGUUUGGAUCGUAAUUUUGAACGCCAUAAUGAGCAACGUUCCGCAUUAACUGGAUUACGUUUGUCACGCGAUCGUCUUAAAGAUGUACCAAUUAUGCGUUUACCUAAAGGCUCAGCAUGGACCCAGAGUUUCGACAGUCGUUAUACCGAUGGUUCAGGCGUAGAUAAAUUAGAUACAUUGGGACCGAAAGUGGAAUGUGUUUAUUCUCUUUUAUCUAUGCUGGGUUCAAAUGACCCUUUGGAAAUGGCGAAAAAGUUCCACGAAUUGUCGCGUACGCCCGCAACGUGUAAUACAUUGCGUAGAUCUGGUUGUAUUCCACUGCUAGUGCAAAUGAUUCACGCCGAAGGUAGUCCAGAAGAUGUACGCAAGUGGGCUGGUAUGGCUUUGCAUAAUGUCGUGCAUUCGAAUGUCGAUGAGAAGGCCGGUCGUCGGGAAGCUAAGGUUUUACGUUUACUCGACCAAAUAAUGGAUUAUUGUAAUUUUUUACGCACUUUGUUACAAAGUGGUGGUGAAACUAUAGCCGAUGACGCUGAUCGUCAUCCCCUGGCUGCUAUAUCUUCACUCAUGAAGGUGAGUUUCGAUGAGGAACAUCGUCACGCUAUGUGCGAACUAGGAGCCCUACAUGCUAUACCAAAUCUGGUGCAUUUAGAUCAGGCUGCGCACGGGCCCAAACCCGAAAAUCAAUGCUGCAAUUCUCUAAGACGUUUCGCUUUAAUGGCCCUUACAAAUCUCACCUUUGGAGAUGAGAAUAAUAAGGCCUUGUUAUGCAGCCAGAAGAUGUUUAUGGAAGCUCUUGUCGCUCAGCUAGAUUCGGCACCUGAUGAUCUAUUACAAGUUACAGCCAGCGUCUUGCGGAAUCUGUCGUGGCGAGCAGACACCCAAAUGAAGGCUGUAUUAAAUGAAAUAGGCACGGUAACUGCUCUUGCUAAGGCAGCUAUGAAAAAUAAAUGUGAAAAUACUCUCAAAGCUAUUCUUUCGGCAUUGUGGAAUCUUUCUGCCCAUUGUAGCACAAAUAAGGCUGAGUUCUGCGGUGUUGAUGGAGCUCUUUCCUUUAUAGUCAAAAUGCUUACUUACGAAGGCCCCAGCAAAACGCUCAAAAUUAUCGAAAACGCUGGUGGUAUACUACGAAACGUAUCUAGCCACAUAGCGGUACGCGAAGAUUAUCGUCAAAUAUUAAGAGAUCAUAAUUGUUUAGCAAUUUUAUUGCAACAGCUUAAGUCCGAAAGCCUGACGGUGGUCAGUAAUUCUUGUGGUACGUUAUGGAAUUUAUCGGCCCGUUGUCCGGAAGAUCAAAGGUUCUUAUGGGAUAAUGGAGCAGUGCCAAUGUUACGUUCUCUGAUACAUUCAAAACAUGCGAUGAUUUCAGAAGGAAGUGCAUGCGCUCUUAAAAAUUUGCUAAAUUUUCGACCUUCGGCACAGAACACUAACCAAUUGGAUGCAAUAGCGCGAUCAUUAAAUCUGAAAAAACUGCCUACUUUAAAUGUACGAAAACAGAAAGCUCUAGAACAAGAAUUAGGCGCGGCUUCUACGUCUCACGCAGAAACAUGUGACAAUUUGGACACAAGCAACACUAAAGAUCGACCUACCUACGAUGCAACUGCUGCUGUUAGUUCGACAAUACAGAGACAUCGAUAUCCAUUAACAGGCGCGUUCAAUAUUAUUCCACCAGCAGCCGGACGCCUAACCCGUUCCGCCAUGCUUAGCAAAAGUGAGAGCCGCGACUCGGUGUUUUCGGCCAAAUCCGAUACUGCGGUCUACGAACAGCUCAUGCGUUCCCAUUCUGCGUCGGAUGCGAAUCGUAAAAUUCAGCAUAUUUCUCGCCCAGCCGUAGCAGCUUUUGUUUUGAAACGUGACGUUGAACCAGCUGAAGAGCAGCCUAUUGAUUAUUCUGUCAAAUACAAUGAGAAUGUCAAACAAACAGAUGAUGAACGCGACGAGUCAGCGAAUGCGACCCCCUAUCAAGAGACCGAUUUAGACCAGCCGACUGAUUUUAGUUUGCGUUACGCGGAAAAUCAUCUCGAAAGUGAUUUAGAAUUAUCGCCCGUUGAAAUUGAGCAUAGCAAUCAUAUUGUAACCACGACGCCAAAGAAACAACAAAAACACGAAAAUCCUUCUACAAAUGGUAGUGAAAUUCUAUUAAUAUUAGAAGACAGUGUAAAAUGCUAUCAGACGGAAGAUACGCCCUACGUUAUCUCGAAUGCUGCCUCUAUAACAGAUUUGCGCAACGUUGACGCAACUAAUAAGUUAGAAGAAAACGAGGUGACACGUUGCACGGCCAACACAGAAAUAGCCGUAGCAACAGUCGCACAGCCGUCUAGAAGAUAUCCGAAAUCAAAUCCCCUAUCUACUGUGCCGACGAAUAUUUAUAGCUCUGGUUCGUAUACGCCCGAGAAACCUGUCAACUACUGUGAGGAGGGCACACCAGGUUACUUCAGUCGCUACGAAUCUUUAAGUAGCUUAGAUGAAACGUCUCCUCAAUUAGAGGGCUUAAAAAUAUCAAAAAGGGAGCGUUGUAAUCCUUCUCGGAACUAUGCAAUAGAUAGUAAAAGUACUUUAAACGAGGGCACUGAAGAAGAAAAACCUCUUACACCGCCAGAGUUGCAAAUAGUAGAACAGCCUCAAAUUAAUUCAGCUCUAGAAACACCUUUAAUGUUUUCCAGACGAAGUUCUCUGGACUCGCUAGCAGAAGAUGAUGUUGGUCCGAUAGACGACAAAAGUUCAGUGGUUAGCGAAUUCAGUCGGCUUGCCAGUGGCGUAAUUUCACCUUCUGAAAUACCAGAUUCGCCUACCCAAAGCAUGCCCCAAUCGCCGAGACAUAACGUUGGAUCAGUCGUGGGAUCAUCUGCAUGCUUUUCUACUGGAGUGUCUCCAAUCGCUCAGCGAGCACAAACAAGUGGUCAUCGCGUUGGGGAUAGCAGCAAACGUUGCCUACGUGGUGUGUUCGAAGAUGAAACUAACACAUUUCACGUGGAAAACACGCCAGCUCAAUUUUCAACAGCUACCAGUUUAAGUAAUUUGAGCAUUUUAGAUGAAGAGCCAACGCAUCAAACACAAACUAACCAGCCAACUAAUGAUGUCAUAUCGGAAGGAGAAGAGGGGGAAGACAAAAAUGAUAAUCUACUUUUAGCCAACUGCAUAAACAUGGGAAUGAAUCGUGCAGCAGCGCCUAGCGCAUACUCAGAACGUUCAAAUGAACGAUCGACCAAUCAAGAUGUCGCUCAUGACGAGCCCAAGCAAUAUUGUACUGAGGACACUCCGGCUUUACUUUCUAAAGUGGGUAGCCAUACAAAUCUCUCAUCCAUAUCAACAUCUUCAAGCACUCACGAACCUAAAGAAGACGCCGGAUACGGGAUAUUAAGACGACCAUUAGUUGCUCCGUCAACUGAUAUGCAAGUACCAGCAACUAGACGUUCAUUGAAUCUCUCGGAUGACAUGUCCUCCAAUGCAUCAGAAAGCGGCGCUGCCCUUAAUAAUUUCGAUAUCUUACAACAGUGUAUAAGAGAUGGGAUGAAAAAGUCUUCAACAAAAGAUCAGUCAGCUAAAAAACAAUUUGGUAACAUGGUAAGCUCUCAAGUGGAACAACUAGACCCCAUAGCAAUGUUACGUAUGGGAGGCAAUGUUUUGCCGGCAUAUUUACCGGUUAAUGACGAAAUUAAUAAAUAUGGUGUAGAGGACAGCCCAUGCAAUUUUUCAGUAGCUUCCGGUCUAUCUAAUUUAACCGUAGGUUCUAGUUUAGUUGGACCAGCUGUUAAACUGAAAAGUGCCGAUAAUAUAAACAAUAAAAAAGCGGAGAGUAAUACAAUGUCAUCCGGAGAUAAGGAGACUUUAGUGGAACAAAAUAACCGAAAUCAACCGUUAACUAUUGUAGAGGAUAAUAGAAGAGAAUGGCAAAACGACUCACUAAGUUCUUUAUCUAUUGAAUCUGAAGACGAUACAAACUUGCUAAGUCAGGCAAUUGCCGCUGGAUGUAAUAGACCAAAAUCAAAUCUUGGUUUCUGCACUAACAAUGCAAGGCGAAAUUAUGGAUCAACGCAAGCAGGUAACGAGUCAUUUAGCUCAGUUGACUCUAGUGAUUCGAAUGAUAAUCAGUCAAAAUCGUUGCUGGAGUUGUGCAUUUUGACCGGUAUGCAUAAAAAAAGAGAUUCAAAUGACAUUACAACUGGCGGCCCUGGUAGUAGCAGCUCACGGAAACACUCGCAUAGCGCCGCGCUGCGUAGACAAAAAUCCGGAACAGCCAGCAGUGAUUCGGCUACGACUAAAUCAAAUCCAAAUCUAAAACAAUAUGAUUCACUGUCCAUACAAGGAAGAUUGUUACCACCUAAUCGUCAUUUACGUGAACAGGAAAGACGGGAUGAAAAACUCCUUAUGGAAUGUAUAACCACGGGCAUCAUGAAGAAAAUAGGAGUGUCCCAUAAGCAGACAUCCUUAACUCGUGAAGCCUUAUUGUUGUUGAAUGCCCAGCCAAAAAACGGGCAGGCUACGUCUGCAGCUGCACAAAUGGAAGAAGCGUCUCACCCCAAAAGUGCCAAUUACAUCAUCACCAACACCAGCAUCACCAUCACCACUCCCGCCACCACUACCAUCACAAUGGCAGCUCCAGACGUAGAGAAGAACAAUUUCAUCAACAACAUUCUACCCAGGAAUUGGAAUCCAGACAAUCUCGAAGACGUCAUAGGCGUUCAAAAAAACACUCCUCCGGCGAGUCCAGCUGCACUACCAAACGAAAAUCAUCCAAAUCACGAGAACGUUCACGAGACAAUGAACGGUUUUGGAUUUAAAACGUCCGCAACGGAAGGUGAUAUUGAUAAUUGCGAUUCAAUAAGUGGAAUUGACACGCACCAAAGUGAUGAAUCCAAUGAGUCUUUUAUUAUGGAAACUACCGUAUCCUUCGAUGCUAAAUUUCUUGAUAGCAACAGCACGGCAAAUAAUGCAUCAGAUAAACACAAAGAUCCCGAUUUGAUGCUUAAGUCAGUAGAAAGAUUAACCAUGGAGUUUGUGUCUUCAGCAGAGCAAAGAACAAGUAAUGCGAAUCCCAAUGGAGAGAAUUGUGCAGCAAUUAAUACUCAAACGUAUAGUUUAUCGAAAGGUAACGGCAGCAAUUCCAAUAACACUUGGAAUGAGGAUACUUGUCCUAAUGAUGUUAGCUUUCCAAGUGUAAGUGUAACGGCACCUAAAGUUGCUUCCUUAAGUUACGAUAAUGGUAAUGAUAUAGAAGAUUUAGACGUUGACUACGAUGAAGAUCAAGCAACAACAGCCGACUUUAAAGAUCUUAAUGAUUUUGCUGAAAAUUUACCAAAUGAAGAUACAGGUAUAGCUGAGAUGUCUAUGAAUUUUCUCGAUAUCGAACAGCAAGAUACUGAAUUAUACAUUGGCUUAACGCAACCCAAUUCCUUAGAUGCUUGUACAGAGACAGAGAGCACAUUAAAAAUUGAAUCGGAAUCUAAAGAAAGCAACGAAGCAGUACCACAAAAUCUAACCACUGCUAUUAAUUUUAAAUUAGGUGGAAAAGUGCAAACAGCAGCCGCGACUACUGGUUUGUUCUUUAAUGGUGAUUCCAUGACCAAUUCUACAUUUAUAGCUCAAGAGGCGCGCAAAUUGGCUGCAAAUUUUCAAACAUGCACACGUGAAGAUGAUGAGAUGACCUUUAGUAUAAAUAGCUUGGAUCUGGACAAUAUACGACCACCUUCUGGUAUGGAUUCAGUCAAUAUGUCCGGCUAUUACCAUGACACAUCUUUAAAUAAUGGAUACUAUACUGCUAAUCAAGUCAACUCGUUGCAAAAGCAAUCAAUAACUGCGCAUAGUCCACAAUUGUCGAGUAAAUCGCCAAAAUUUCCCAGAAAAUCAUUACCACAUGGUUUAGUUGCCCGAAGGGCUCUAGGUCAUUUACCGCCACAUUUAUCGGGUAGCGCCGAAAGUAUAAUGUCCAGUUGCAAUUUUAUGUUAGAUAAUAUUAAACCACCCUCGUUAAUGGAUGAAUUACUCGAUUCCAUGAUUAGUGUGGCUAGCAUCCAGUCCGAAGUAGCUGAAGAUUGCCAUAGCAUGGCUACAACUGUAACCAACUCAAAUUAUGAAACAGCGGCCGGCGGCGAUGACAACACCAUGACAUUACAAAGUUGUUGUGAUAACAUACCAUUUGAUGAUUUAACCAUAAACGAAAGCAACUCAACUUCUUUACCCUCUGAGUGCAAUGAAUAUAGCUCAGUUGAGAGUACACCUAGAAAGUCUUUGACCCUUUCUGGGACAGGUGUUAAACGCAAUUUAACACCUAAACAAAAACGAAAGCUUGCCAAAGAUCGUUUCAAAACAUACACAGUGGCAGCUGAUAGAGUUAUGAGCGAAGAAUUAAAGUUGCGUUUAGCUGAAGCUGAAGCUCAACCGGACGAAACAUUAUGCGUUGAAAUUACAGAUAUGAAUAUAAGUGCAGCUACAAGUGAAAAAGAUUACGAUAAAUUAGAGACCGAUGACCAUGCUACACCAAGAAGCAGAAGACGUUCUAGUCAGGACCGUUAUAAAACGCAAACAAUAGUAUACACUUCAAUAACGAAUAAUAUGGAAACACAUGCCUUGGAUAACCUAGGCGGCAAUGUCGAUGGAGAUCCCCUUCCCACGAUAUUUUGUAAUGAGUUUCACAGUGCGUCUGCAAUCAAUACACCCAGCCAAAUGGAAAGUGAUUUUAAUAGUUUUGAGUGUGACCAAAAUUCCGAAACGGAAUCGACACAUGAUCUUAACAUCAGUCAUUCCAGCGAUGACGAUGAAAAUGACGAAACGUCGGAAAUACCGAGACCACGUAUUGUCAGACCUGAUAAUGAUAAAAGUUUACAAGAAGAGAAACUCGAAGCUAACGCAAAAACGGCAGCGGUACGUGGUGGUAAACGUGUGCAAUAUAUUUCGCCAUAUAGCAAACAAUAUCAACGUAUUAAUAAAAGCAACAACUUAAGGGAAAAUGCCAGACAAAAUAGUAAUAUCAGCACAAAAUAUAAAUCAACCUGCCUAUCGAGUGCUAAUGCAAGCAACUACACUUUGCGCAAACGUAUUGACAAUGUGACAACAAACAGUAGCAAUUUAGUGCAAAAGCGAAAAACCAAUGAAGUAACAACAACUUCGGCAGCCAUAAAAAAAGAUAAAGAAAAUCCACAAUCUUGCUUAGAGCGGCAGGGUACAUUUGUUAAAGAAGAACCAUCAAUAGAUAAAACUGUUGUACCGGUAGUAGAGGAAACUAGUCCUACACGUCAACGUACAUCCAAAUUACCAACGAAACGACAAUCUUUGACAGCAAGUUCCGCAAAUAGUUCUCCCCAAAAAACAGCCGCCACACGUAAGUUGGCCAAUCCAAUUUCAAAUAGACGUCUGGCUGGUCCAACUAAUGCGCCCCAAAGAGCGAACAGUAAUGUUAAUAUACGUGUAACCACAAAUGCAGCGGCCCGUAUAGCAGUGCUUUCAACUCGCAUAUCCGCGACUACACCGCCAUCUCGUAGUAAUUCAACUAUAAACAGCGCUACGGCUGCUACGGCUGCCCAAAAUGCGGCUGCUAAAAUUAAUCAAGUUCAAAGUCGCAUUGCUAGUAUUAGGCGUAAAAUAGAUGAACCGAAAAAUAAACAACAAAACAAAAUUACUAGGAAUUCCACUCAAAAUAUUAAAACUACAACAAGUGUUGCUGCCAAAUUAAUAAACAAUACAUCAUCCGUGCAUAGCCAAAUUAAAACGAAACCCACAACAACGAACGUGACCAGGAUAGCUGUAGCACAGAGACAGCAGACAACAAUUGGUUCCAGAAAAUAAAAAAAUUUAAUUUGAUUUGAUUUUUUUAUAAAACAAAAUAUAUGCAGCGACACUUGAAAGUAUUUCAUUUGUAGCAAAUAUGCGAAUCAUUUAACAACAAUCAUCAACAUCAUUAGAAAUUAUGUAAACAAAACAAAUAAAUUUAAUACAAUAGUUAUUUGUAUUAAUUCAUAAUUUUGAGUUACUAUACAUAAAAAUAAUUAUUAAACAUGUAAACAUGUAAUGGAAGAAAUAUUUAUGUGAAACAUGUUAACAUUAUUAUGUCAUUAUCAUUAUGCACAACACACAUUUACGGUCAAGCGAAAAUUAGUCCUAAUUAAUUAUGAAAGAAGAAACUUUGACUUCAUUAUAACUUUUUAAUCGUAAUCUAUUGUUUACUAAGACCUUAAGGGAUAUUUCUGCAUUAAUUUCAUGUUUCAACCCAUUUUCGACUGUGAUUAAGAAGAUUUGAAGAAAAAUGUUGAUCUCGAUUAUAGUUAAAUUUCAAAAAUUUAUCCCUUUUUGAUGGUUAUAUGACGUUUCACGCUAUAUUCUUAAAACCAUAUUCGACGACAAAGCUUAUGCGCAAUCUCACUACAUUCGGAUUAGUCAAAUACAAUUUUAUAAAUUUUCAUGAUAAUAACAUAUAAAAAAGUGAAAGUUUUAAAUAUUAUAUAGAGUUCAUUGAAAAGGUAGUUUUCAACUAUGAACUUAAAAAAAGAGGUUAAGAAGGUCGCAUUUUUUCUUUUUUCAUUAAUUCAAAAGUUAUUUGACUUCAAUUGAAUGCGAUAAUAUAUAAUAUAUAUAUAUGUUGAUAUAUUUCAACAAAUUAAUAUCUUCCAGAAGCUUGCUUCCAUUCAUCUGCAUCGAGCACACUAAAAAUUUACGAACCAACGAAAGAAAGUUUUUGUAUUAUCAAAAUAGCGAAAGAUCAAGUUAGUAGAAGUUAUAUAAUAUAUGGAAGUCUGUCCGUCAGAUAUGCAUAGUCGUAUUUUAUUGGAAGCAACACAGAAAACUUGUCUUUAAUUAUACUUUUUUUUUUUUCAUUUUCUAUCAUCGAAAGAAUAUUUUUCGUUUUUACAUUCUCUUUUUGAUAACCAAGGACGGCAUAGAUCAAGAAUUUUGUAAAGUUUUCUUAAUCGAUGGAAAACUCGAUUUCAGUAUUGAAAAUUCCAUCAGCGAGUAAAACGAUUUGGAAAAAAUAUUUUCAAAUCUUGUAUUCCUCCCAAUGGCAGUUUAAAAUGUUUUAUGAUGCUUUUCAAUGUCUUUUUACUAGAAUAUUAUGGAAGGUUCAAUCAAUAUAAAAAAGAAAUAUGAAUAAAAGAUAUAUCUGAGAAAAAAAGGAAUUCAAAAGCCUUCAAGAAAUCACGAAAUAACAUCCAUAUAUAUCUUUACUUCUCAAUCGAUUCAUACCAAAUUAAACAAACACUAGAUAAACUAAAGACGUCUCUAUUAUAGAAGAGUCAAUAUUUUGUAGACUACUUAAGAAAUUAACCAAUGCAUUGGUUAUUAGUAUUUACUUAUGAAGGAAGUGUGAAUGAAAGCACAGUUUUAAUACUGCAAAUAUUAAAUGAACGCACACGUCAAAUGUUUUCAAAAUAUAAUGCAUAAAAAGGAUAAUUGAAACUCCAAGACUAAAUACUAGUAUGUUUACAAGAAAAAAAAAAAAAAAAAAAAGGAAAGAAAAAUUAUAAAUAUUAAAAA